GCAACAAAAUAGAAAUUAAUUGUGAUGUUGUCUCGAUGGAAGAGUCAUCGAUUUCUUUAAUUUAAUAUUUCGUUUAGUUACGUUUACAAGCUUUUUGUAGUAUUUUUCGCAGUAAAUAUUAGUUUUUAUAGCUUGGUACGAUUUUGUUUUUGAAUUUCUACAUCUGUGGCCUGUGUACAUUUCAAGACAAACCAGUUUAAAAGUUGACUGUCGAAGUCAGUUCCUUAACAAAAGUGGAUCAUGUUGAUAUAUUGUUAAUUUAAUCAAUUCUAUAUAAUUUAAGAAUUGCUCAUACUUUUACAUAUUCGUUGUUGACUUUCGUUUCAAGUAGAUGUGGGUAUAUUUUGAGUAGACAAUUGUGUGGACUAUCGACGACGCCAUGUUGUUAUUUACUCUUUGAUUUUACGCUUUUUUGUUAUGGGUUUUUUGUGUGGUGAAAACAUCAGUGCGUGAGCAUGUUGGAAGAUGUCCCUAUUCACGGUAGCCGCCUCGAUGCCAAAAACAAACCCCCUACGCAUCAAAGGAAUCUUAGCCUGGAUUUCAGACAUGUGACGGGCGCGAACGGGCCGCCAGCGGGAUGUGGCCACCAGAGGAACCGAUCUCUGGAUUCCGUUCUCCAACGGAUACCAGAGGACAUGACACCGACGUCGCCGGAGGGCGCGCCGCUUCGCAUACCGGGCGAUGUGCCCGCCCCACGGCUCGCCCUCCCGCCAGAAGUUCCCGCCGGCUCCGACGACUCUGGGAUACACACGCCACCAGACAGUCACGAUGAGGAAAGACCUACACCCGCCGCAGCAAGGUCGCGAGAAAGCCUCGAUUCUGGCAAUCCAGAAGACACAGAUAAACCCCCGGAUCCACCCGAUAUAGCUAUUACACAGUGCGUCCCGUUCACGACGACUAAAACAAUUACUGCAACUGACACUGCAAACCACAAAGACUUUCUCCUGAGAUUGUUCGAGAGUAAACUCUUCGAUAUGAGCAUGGCGAUCUCAUACCUCUUUAAUUCAAAGGAGCCAGGUGUACAAACGUACCUAGCCAACAAACUGUUCUCAUUCCCACAUGAAGACGUCGAUUUUUACCUUCCGCAAUUAGCGACAAUGUACAUAGAGAUGGGUGACGUUGCUGAAGUUUUACGGCCAUAUUUAGUGCAUAGGUGUAAACAAAGUGCUGACUUUUCGUUGCGACUCGCGUGGCUGUUGACGGCCUUCGGUGGGGACGCCAAAAGGUCUAGAGCGACGAAGUUAAGAGAUUCCAUUCUUGCUGAAGAGAUAAGGCCCGCGGCGAGAAGGGGGCACCAUAGAGCUCAUUCUGAUGCAUCUGCGUUGAGGCUUGCCACUCCAUCUGGAAGGCAUUUAGGGGACUUGGCUUCUGGAAGAGCUUUCGAUAGCGGCUGUCUGUGUGGUGAACAGUGUUCGUGCGGUGCGCCAAGGCUAGCUCCCCAAACACAGUUCCUAACAGCCCUCACGAACAUCGGGCGUCGUUUGGCUAGCGUGGCGGACAAGGAGAGACGCAACGGCCGGCUGCGAGCCGAGCUGGUAACCCUCGAUCUGAACUUGCCGGCGAGGGUCUGGCUGCCGCUGCAUAAGAAGCCCCAUUAUGUUCUCAGGAUACCGCCGCAUGCGGCCGCCGUGCUUAACAGCAAGGAUAAGGCGCCUUAUAUUAUCUACGUGGAAGUGCUCGAAACGGAGGGGCACGAGCCGCUCCCCCCUCGCCUGCUCCCCCCGGCGCCGCCCGCCCCGCACUCGCCCCCCAUCCGCCACACCAAGAGCGAGGAGAACCUAGUCCCAGAGUGGCCGAGCCUGUCCAUGUAUUCGGCUAUGGAUGACGUGGAUAAUAGUGACUGCUGGAGUCAUGAUGAUGAGGACGCCUGCUUUCAAAUGUGCCCGCCCAGAACGUGUCCGGCGCCAGAUUGCGUGUCUCAGCUGUCAGUGCAAUCGAUGCAGUCAGUACAGUCGGUACAGUCGGCAUCUUCGUGCGGUUCGCGCGAGUCGCUGGCGGUGGGCGCGGGGGAGGUGCGGCGCCGGCUGGUGGACGCCACCGCCGCGCCGCCGGCGAACGCCUUCAAGCACGACCCCCAUGACCCCUCGGCGGUUGCGCUUAAGGAGUCGUGGGAGAGCAAGCUGUCGCGCAUGCGCGCCACGUCACCGUACGGCUGCCUCGCCGGCUGGCGGCUGCUCGGCUGCAUCGUGAAGGUGGGCGACGACCUGCGCCAGGAGAUGCUGGCGGCGCAGCUGCUGCGCCGCCUGCAGGCCGUGUGGGAGCUGGAGCGCGUGCCGCUCGCGCUGCGCCCCUACGAGAUCAUAUGCCUGGACCGCGAGUCGGGCCUCAUACAGCCGGUGCUGAACUCGGUGUCGCUGCACCAGAUCAAGAAGCAGUCGGGCAAGUCGCUGCGCGCGUGGCUGGAGCUGGAGCACGGGCCGGCGACGAGCGAGGGCUUCCUGCGCGCGCAGCGCAACUUCGUGCACUCCGCCGCCGCCUACGCGCUCACCAGCUACCUGCUGCAGCUGAAGGACAGGCAUAACGGCAACAUUUUACUAGACAGCGCGGGACACAUCAUUCACAUCGAUUUUGGAUUUAUAUUUUCGAUAUCACCGAAGAACUUGGGUUUCGAGAGUUCACCGUUUAAGCUGACCAACGAGUUCGUGGAAGUAAUGGACGGCGAGAAUUCCGAUAUGUUCGCGUAUUUCAAGAUACUCAUAUUGCGCGGUCUCAUCGCGGCGCGCAAACACUGCGACCAGAUAUUGCAUCUUGUGGACACCAUGCGAAUGGGUGGUCAGCUGGCGUGUCUCCGCAGCAGCAGCGCGGUGUCGUCGUUCCGCGCGCGCUUCCACGUGGGCCGCACGGAGCCGCAGCUGCGCCAGCUCGUCGACAGACUCGUCAGUGACGCGCUACAUUCGCUCUCCACGCGGCUCUAUGAUAACUACCAGUACUAUACUAAUGGUAUACUGUAGCGCUCGCUCGCUCUACAUAGAGACUUGUAGCUACUAUUGCCAGUACUUUAUCGACAGGGUUCUGCAGCCGCACCCGCCCUCUACAUAGAGCCUCCCGGCAUCCACUGAUUCUACUAUAAAUACCAAUAGCAUACUUUGGUGCUAGCUCGCUCUACAUAGAGACCUGUAGCUGCCAUUGCCAGUACUUUAUCAAAAGCGUUGUUAAGCCGCGCUCACUCGCUCUACUUCAAAACCCGGUAUAAUGUUGACAGUCCGUAACUGCUCUACAUAGAAAAGCUCUGCAACGACACUACUUCUGCUACUAGUACUGUUUACUGUGUUGCUUAACACGCCAGAAAUACAGGAGAGACCCUGAAGCUUGGCGUAACAUUGUCUAGUUUAAAACAAGAACUUUAUUUUCAUACGUACUUUCGUACGUGAUGAAACAGCACAGACAGGAUCUUAUUCCAACAACAUGAGUGACGUCACUUUGGUAAUAUAUAAAACAAACAGUAGAAGAUGUAAAUUAAGACUCUCAGCUCUAUUUAGAAACAUCAUAUUUUUUUUUUU